AUGUUGCCAGCUCCGAGCGAUUCCACUGCUGUGCGGCGAAAAUGGUCCUUCGUCUCGAUGCUGUCCUUCAGAGCGGAGAGUGAGCGACGCGUCUCCGCACUACAAGCCUUGACGCGAUGGAAAAGGAUACGGGAUGUGAGGCUAGCCCCGUGGAUGUUCGCGAUUGGUAUGGCUGAGAGUUUUUGUAUUUGAUAGGCCGAAGCAAGUAUGUUGGUGCGCGCUAGUUGUAGCUUCGCGAAAGAAAUUUGAACUUCUUAGCUGCAACUAACAAUUAUGUGAUUAGCUCUAUGUCUUUUUCAACAGUAGAGUGAUUGCUCGUUCCGGGGUCUUUGGACUGCUUGAAAAUAGAAUUUCCACAUAAGAACCCACUUCAAUAUCGGUGCUGCGGUAUUGACGGCUGUUAGCGGCGCUUGGUUACACUGGAGUGCAGAGCUGCUGUUCACGUGGCGAUAUGGCUUUUGUGUGGGGCGGCCCUUCGCUAGUGCACACACCUGCUGUGGGCAUGAAGUAUACCCGUCAGAGCGAUUCGCGUGUGAGGUGCGCGCCUACGAACAAGAAGAGGACAUGCUCCCAGACAUGCUCCCGGGAAGAAGGCUGUCGCAAACAGGAAGUAGCUCUGCGGAUGGUGGUGACACUCUUUUACCGCAAGGAGAACUCAGGUGCUUUUUAAUAGGCAUUGUUGUGUUCCAUCUAGGUAGAAGAGUAACCUCUCCUAGUUUGCCUUUUAAUAUUUUCAAAGGAUUUGGCGCAAAUCAAAGGUACUGGCUGUCUCCGUUCGACGAAGAUGCGCCUUCCACGACAGCGACACGGCUGUUGGCAACGCUGAUUGCAGUUCUGUAUGCUGCCGCAACUUCAAUGCUCGUCGUGAAGGUUGCUCCGCAGGCACGGGGGUCUGGCAUUCCCGAGAUCAAAACCAUCCUUGGCGGACACAUGCUACCUGGAGUGCUCGCUUGCCCGACUGUUGCCACAAAGAUUAUCGGUUUGACGCUCGCCGUUCCAGCUGGGCUUGCGUUGGGCAAAGAAGGACCACUAGUACACGUUGCGUGUUGCUGGGCCGCCCUACUGCUUCAUGCAGCCCAUCGAGGCCAUCAUAAUUUUCUAGCAAAAGAUGCCAAAAAUGACGAGGAGGCGGAGGUAGCAGCAGAGGCUAAAGGCGAACCUGCUGAUAAAACGAUAUUUCAAGCAGAGGGUUCUGCAGACCGAGGAGCGGUCUCAACAGACAUGCGAGAUGAAGAAAUAAUUGUCGAGGCGAAGCAGUUUACCCCAAACAACAUGAAGACACAGAAAGGAUCAUCAUCAUCAUCCGAAGUUUCGCCUGCGGAAACUUUUCCGGGAGGGUGGCCUUUAUUUUCAGAGAUGCUUUCUGCUGCCGCUGCAGCUGGUGUGGCAACCGCUUUCGGUGCACCUCUGGGUGGCGUGCUCUUUAGCUUCGAAGAGGUGAGUUCCCACUUUCCACUGAAAACGAUGGCGCGAGCAUUCUUUGCAGCCAGCAUUGCGGCUCUCACUAUACAGGUAAACUUGAUCUCAGAUUCAGUUCCUAAAAAGGACGCAGUACUCUUUUUCCUCUCGUCGACACGAUUUGAUUCAAGGUGGCCGUUUGGUAACCAACGACAAUACUUUGCUCUAAUAUCGAUGAAAUCCAACAAGUAUCAUAAUACAAGGCUGACUUACAACUACUUUCACAGGGUCUAAACGGUUAUAACGAGUUGGCUCCUUAUCGCAUUGGCGAAGUUCCACACUGGCACUUCCUAACGUAUUUCCCGUUCCUGCUUAUUGGUGUACUGGGUGGUUUAGUCGGCGCCGCUUUUGUGCACUGUAGCAGUUUGGUGACAGGAUUUCGUUUAGAAAUGCUAAGAGACUCGAGAACCACGAGAAGUCUAUCUAGCACUGCUGCUGCUGUAGCGCAUAAAAAUAGCCCUGUAGACGCGUUGAACAAAUUACCCGCUGACCAGACGAUAUCUCCCCAUCAACAUCAGAUGGGCAGUAUUCCGACGAAAAGCACCAUCGCGGACACCGCGUCAACCUUGAGGACGUCAACAGAAGAUGGAGGCGUAGUGGCUGCUGAACGCGGUCGAAUAACAGGAAAGUCGCAAGGUGAACAUAUGAACCGCAGUCCUGCUGAUCUGUACGUAAUGAAUGACAAAAAUACUCCAGACGAUCCAACACCGGUCAAGACAAGCAACACUCUUCGACGUAGAUUUUUCAGGUGGUCCUUUUAUCCUGUUUGUGAAGUUGUUGCAGUGACGCUGUUCACCUGCGUUCUCUCCGAUGUGGUGCCGCUUGGUCAACAAAAGUUUCUGAAUCCCAUCUCCACGAUCGUCGUGCAUCGCAUGUUCUCCUCCUGCGAUGCUGCAGGCGCGUCACGCGCAGGAGACGGUGGCCAUCGUCUACUAAGUACUGUGCUUGGCGACAGGAAAUUGCCUGCAAACCGGAUGAGCAAGGCUACAGAACAAGGUUUGCACGAAAGGAACUCUAUCGAAAACGCGGCUGCUACUAUCAACACCGCACCAACUACAAAUUUUCGCGGAUCUGCAGGUCUGUUCUGGGACAGGACACGAGAGAAAUACUCACUGUUCCCGCCAAUGCCUGCUAAGACUACACUCCGAGAAGCAACAUCUCCAUCAUCCUCCGACAGCAGAACAGCAUCAAGAGGAGCGGAUGUGAAGGCUCGGAGCCUUGCAGAAAGUAACCUCGAAAUUUUCGACCGGUUAGGCUUGUGCAGCUCAACAGGACAAGGGUUUGUGAUAUCUUUCGAGCUCAUGGCCACGCUGCUUGCUGCAGUGCUAUUUCGGUUCGCGCAGACGGUUGUGACCUUCGGCGCGGCGAUCCCAGGCGGUCUUUUCGUUCCAGCAUUAUUCACGGGAAGUUGCCUCGGCCGACUGCUUGGAACCUUCUUUCUGUACGUGGCUGCAACCGACGAAGAGCGCUCACGCGGUGUAGCAUCCGCAGAUAACAUGGUCCAUCCCGGCAUAUACGCGCAGGUAGAUGAAUACUAGUUUUGUAUCCAUUUACGUUCCCUUGGUCGAGCUGCCCCUUUUUUGCUACCCCACUGGAAGACCGUAUCGAAUGAAAGUCUUUUUGCAGCAGCAGAAAUCAAUUGCUAAUGCGAUACCUCCUAUGAUUUCCGGAAAAAAUUCGAACACACAAUUUUUUUCUUGAAUACUUUUCAGGUCGGCGCCCUCGCUGUCUUGGCAGGAAAGUGUCGCGUGACGGUGUCCCUCGUGGUUAUUAUGCUGGAGUUGACCGGCGCACUAGAACUUGUGGUGCCAUUCAUGGUCACCGCUCUCGCCGCACGAACCGUAGGCAACCUUCUCACUAGUGACGGCAUCUACGAUCGACACAUCACUCUCAAGGGAUACCUGUUUCUUCACGAUUUUGACUUCUCCCGGAGUCCGGGACGUAUUCUCACUGCUGGUGAGCUGUUGGUGCAGAGUAGGUCACGGGAAGAGCAACAAGAGAACAGGCAGACUUUCGACGGGACGUCGAAACUCAAGGCCACAACCGAGCCUGAGAAAGUGUUGAAGUUGAACAACAUCAACAGCUGUAAAGACAGUUUUACGAAUAAUGGCCCUCUACUAUCGGUCGGCCCCUCCAUCAGCUCCUACCAGGAAAGCAACUAUUUCCCAGAUCGGCAUCGGGUUUUAGAACUUGUUGGUUCAGAAUCUGCUGACGGAACCGUAUGUGACUACAGUGUCUACUCGGUUCCUCCGGUGUCUCCGUUUCCGAAUUUCGGAUUUCGUGCUGGCUGCGCUGCUGAUGUGCCUGAACCAAAACUAGAGUGGAUGAAGCUUUGUCGAGAAUGGGCCGACGCCUGCGUCGAUACGACGGCGCCCAGACCUGAGUUGAGUAGAACUCAGUCUGAGCAUAGCGACGAGCACGGCAACGAUAGCCAGAACUUCGAACAUCCUGUAGGUACGGCCACCGUCAAGCUGCGACAAUGCAGUAAGGAUAGCACGGAAACUGGUGGCGGUAAUGACUUAUCCCUUGCACUAGGUGGAGGAAGCUCGACCGCGGAAUCCGACGCAGGUGGCAGUGCCAGUUGUUCGUCUAGUACAGUCGGCAGUGCUAGAAUAGGUGGCUUUUCCUCGGAGGGGGCGGCGGGUAGGAUAGCAAUGCCGCGAAGUUCCAGUGUAGACAACUCAAGGAGCUCGUCGCGAGGCUUUGAAACAGAGGACGGCGGGGGAGCACUUAUUGUACCUGCAGCACCAAAUCGAAAUCAACAUCAACAUGGGAGAGGAGGAGCGCCUUUUUCGCUCGAAGACGGCGGUCAUAUUUUUGUGAGAGCAGCCGCGGCAAAGGCUGUGCUCGCGAGUUGUCGAGGAAGGCAACACUUCGCAGUCGUGCAUGGCAUGGAGCCCUCGAAUUACCAGAGGCGCCUUCUAGUUGGCCAUGUCUCGCGGCAUGCCCUGCAAGCAGCGCUCGACCGAAAAGACGACUCUUCGAGCCACGGCAUCGAAAGCAAAUGUUCUGCGAACCCACCAGUAGAAUCGGCCAGUGAUGCUGGUAGGGAUAGUGGUAGCACCUCAUCCGAGACGAGGAAGUUGCGAAUACCUACGAAAGCGAUUGAAAGGAAUGUUGUGCGAAUGUUGCCAUGCACACCCAUAUCUGAAGUGGUUGCUUUGUUUCGCAAGUUAGGACUGAGUCAUGCGGCUGUUGUGGACGAGGCAGGCACGUUUCUGGGGACGCUUCGGAAAUUAGGGCUGCUCACAAGAACACUUCAUAAUCAGCUUCAGGCAUUUUAGACAUUCCGGAUUCCUGUAAUAUCUUCGAUUCAUGUCGUUCUCUUUCCCUGUUUCUUAUUUUGCUUCUAGGUUGUAGUUGUAGGUACGAUCUUGCAGUAUCAACAUUCCACUUGUUGUGAUUGCAACUGGAGGAAAGAUAGGCUCACCAUCUCACAGGAUGAAUCACAGUAUAGAGUAAGAACAUGAAAAUGCUAACGAAACCGACGGUGAUAGCCUAUGUUGAGGAGACGAAGCGGGCGGCAGAAGAGGAAGAAGCGAGAAAUGGCUUUGCAGCCGUGUUUGGCGCGCUCUUUGGCGAUCCUGGCGGACAACUUGGAGGAACACUACUAGAUGAAGUACGACGACCAUCCGUGCACUCGUUGGGCUCCUUGGGCGAGAACAAAGGCGCUUUCCCCAUGCAGAGGACUAAGUCUUCGCCGCCCAUGAGAAGCACAUGCGAGCUCUUGCCGCAAGUCGUUCCUCGGAACGUGAGUGCCAUCUCAUCUUCAGGAGUACUGUCACCAGCGAGAGCAGGAGCGGAUGACUGGCAUAGAGCGAGAGCGGGAGCUCCUACUCCGAUCAUGUUCAAAAGCCCGAUGAUUUCGAGUGUGUAACUUAGUCCCGUAGAGUACUAAAUCAACAAAACUGGAGCUCGUUUUUCAAGUUUAUAACGAUACUUCAUCUCACCAGCUGCUCUUGUUCUGAAUUCUUCAACAUAUAGCGCAUACAGGUGCAUGCUACUUACUUCUACUGAAUAGUCCAGAUAACAUAUCAGCUUUGUUACUCCUUCACCAUCAUUAUAUACAUCACGAAUUGUUGUUGUAUCUUUGUAUAGUCCACCUAGUUGUGGCCGCUUGGCCUGCGUUUCUUGGGUUCAUUUUGUAUUGGAGAUGAUGGAUAUCUACAUCAAGAAUGAUCGCAAGCCGCGGGAAGGGCACUCCACGACUUUCUUGAAUAUAUAUUUGCUCAGGUCGUGGGAUGAUCGCAUAGAAGUGUAUUUGAUAACAUGAUUAGCAACAUUAAAUCAAUAAACAUGCAACUUGAUCAUAAGCAAUAGAGCACUUUUGUAACUUAUUGGCUUCCUCAAUUAAUAUCACACCUCCAAAAUGUAGCAGGGAAAGGCGUUUGAAAUGACCUUCAUAUUUUUAGAAAUUGUCCUCAUCCGUGUAAAUUUUCGCUUAGACCAGUCCCGACUUAAACAAUGAUUGUUUUUAGCGUCAUUGAUGAACAGCUUGCAUCUAAGUACUUGUCUUCCAUAUUGUUCGAGGUUUUAAUUACUUAGACAUUGAUGGUGAGCAGGAAAAAGCCAUCGCAUGGGUGGGAGAAGCAUGCUGCUUGGUGCGUCCCUUGAUGCACUACUAAUGAGGCGAAUAAAGAAUCAAUCUUGUCGUUCGUUGAUUCGACAGAUAAUCAUGAGGUCCGGAUAUCCUUAGUUCCUAUUCAGAAAAAUUUUCAGGAUCUUCUCGACUCGUCUUAGGGCGCUAUCACGGCGGCUUCAUCUGGCUAAUAUAAUCCUACAGAGAUUUGGUUAGAAAUGUACCACAUUUGUUGCAACUACGGUAGAUCUUUGCACAGAAAAGGAACAAUUCCCAAACCCAAAUAAACAGCUCAAUUGAAAAGCAUCACGAUGCGAGUGCACUCUCGCAUGAAGAAGCGCAGGACGACGCGCAUGAAAAUACCUUGA